AUGUCUCAACCACUGCAUGCAGCCAUCCUUGUUGUCUCCGAUACUGCAUCUCGAGAUCCAAGCACGGACAAAUCAGCUGCGGUGCUCAGUGAAGUCUUCAGAGACGAAGGCGAUCAGAAAUGGCAGGCAACUAACCACCUGGCGAUCAAGAUCGUUCCCGACAACAAAGAACAGAUACAAAACGUCAUCAAGACCUGGACUGACGGAGGAGAUUUCAAAAAUCUAAUCGUAACCACAGGCGGCACAGGUUUCACUCCAAAGGACAACACACCAGAGGCAGUAGGCCCGCUACUACAUCGACAUGCGCCGGGCCUAGUGCAUGGAAUGCUGUCUGCAAGUCUACAAGUUACCCCAUUUGCGGCGAUGAGCAGACCCGUAGCUGGAGUGAGGAACAGGACAAUCAUCGUCACUUUGCCUGGAUCGCCAAAGGGCGCGAAGGAGAACCUACAGUCGAUCAUCAAGUUACUACCUCAUGCAUGCUCCCAAGCUGCAGGAGAGAACUCUCGACAAGCUCAUGCUGGAGGUACGGAGAAGCUGGAGAAGGAUGCUGGCGUAGGAGUGGGUGCACAAGCAACAGUAGUAUCGAAUGCUCAUACACAUUCGCACGAUCACAACCAUGACCAUGGUGGGCACAAAGUACCGAAAGCUCACACAACUCCAUCAGAACGUCCUCCUCAGUCCAAUGAUCCACGUCUGGGCGCUUCUCACCGAGCUCGUCAGUCACCUUACCCUAUGCUCUCGGUGACUGAUGCAGUCGCUAUGAUUUUGCAGAAUACUCCCUCACCAACAGCAGAGGAACGUCCCUUCUCGACAGACUUGGUCGGCUGCAUCGUCUCAUCCGACAUCAAAGCUCCAGAAGCAGUUCCAGCCUAUCGCGCCAGCAUAGUCGAUGGAUAUGCAGUCAUCGUGCCCGAGGCCGUAUCUGAGCGCAACAGGCUAAAAGGCACAUUUCCAGUAGCCUCAGUCAGCCAUGCUCAAGCGAGUAGCAUGCCACCACUCUUGAAAGCAGGCGAGAUAGCACGAAUCACAACAGGAGCUCCACUACCCGAAGGUGCCAACGCAGUAGUCAUGGUCGAAGACACAACCAUAGCCUCUUUGACAGAAGGAGACAACUCAGAAGAGAAAGAAGUCACCAUCCUUACAGCCGACCUCACACCAGGCGAGAACAUCCGCGAGCCAGGUUCCGACAUCCUCCUCAACACCACCAUCCUCCAAAAAGGCGACCGCAUCUCCCCUCUCGGCGGCGAAAUCGGCGUCCUCGCAGCAUCAGGCACACGCACCGUCCCAGUCUACCGCCGCCCUCGCAUCGGAGUCCUCAGCACCGGCGACGAAGUCACAGACAUUUCCCAUCCCGGCCCUCUCACAGGCGGCAUGAUCCGCGACUCCAACCGACCCUCUCUCCUCGCCCUAAUCACCUCAUGGCAUCUCUGCGACGAAGUCAUCGACCUCGGUAUAGCCCGCGACACACCACACUCGGAACUCGAGACGAAACUCCGCCAUGCCUACGGACAACUUAACCUCGAUGUCGUGAUCACCACAGGAGGCGUCAGCAUGGGCGAGCUCGAUCUCCUCAAGCCCACAAUCGAGCGCUCACUAGGCGGCACGAUCCAUUUCGGCAGGGUGAACAUGAAACCUGGAAAACCCACCACGUUCGCCACCAUUCCUGUCAAAGCAGCGACGUCCACAACGGGCACAAGCGACCCAAGCCACCGCCGAUCCCGCCUCAUCUUUGCCCUCCCCGGAAACCCAGCCAGCGCCCUCGUCACAGCGAAUCUCUUCCUCCUCCCUUCCCUCCAGAAACUCGCCGGUCUCCCUGAGCCACACGGCCUCGAACGCAUCCUCGUCACACUUGCGGGUCGCGUGCGCUGCGACAAAAGUAGACCGGAAUAUCACCGAUGUACUGUAUCUUUCGAUAAGGGGAUAGGAGGGUUAGUGGCUGUGAGCACGGGCAUGCAGAGAAGUAGUCGUGUUGGAAGUGUGGGUGGCGCGAAUGGAUUGUUGUGUUUACCGGCUAGGGAGGGCUGGGUUGAGGGAGGGGAGAGGUGCGAGUGUUUACUUAUGGGGUCGCUUUUGGGGAUGGGUAGGCAGUGA